AUGCUUCCUUUCCUGAGCUGGUCUGAUCAAAAUCACUACGCACACGACCCGUCGUUGGUCAACCUGAUGGACGGCGCAGAUUCCAUCCUGAGCCCAGCAGCCUCCAUGACCGAGACCUCCAGGUCAGCAGAAGCAUCCAAGAGCCACAAGGAAGCCGAGAGGAGACGCAGGCAGCGUAUCAACACCCACCUCUCCACCCUGCGCACUCUCCUCCCCAACACCACCCGGACGGACAAGGCGUCGUUGCUAGCGGAGGUGGUGCAGCACGUGCGGGAGCUGAGGAGGCAGGCUGCUGACCUUGCGCGACAGGACGGGGGCUCGUGCUGCGGCGGCACCACCGGAUCGGAGCCCUGGCCGUUUCCGGGCGAGUCGGACGAGGCCACGGUGAGCUAUUGCGACGGCGAGGCGAGGCUUCUGAAGGCGACGCUGUGCUGCGAGGAUAGGCCAGGUCUGAACCGGGACUUGAUCCAGGCGAUCCGGUCGGUUCGGGCCAGGGCGAUCCGGGCCGAGAUGAUGACUGUUGGGGGGCGGACCAAGAAUGUGGUUGUGAUGCAAUGGGCCGGCGGUGGCGGGGAGGAGGAGUUUAGGGCUUUGAAACGGGCUUUGAAGGCUGUGGUGGAGAAUCGGGCCUCGGGUUCUGGGCCGGGUCGGUUGGUUUUGGGGAACAAGCGAGCUCGGGUUUAUGGGUCGGUUUAUGAGGAUGAGAAUGAAUAUUAA